AUGAACUUCUUUAAAAAGGCACCAACAGUGAAAGAACAGCAACGAGAAAAUGAUCGUGAACUUCGGAAAGCAGGCAGAGACUUGGAACGUGAUAAAAAUGCAUUGGAAAGAGAAGAGAAGAAGUUGGAAAUGGAAAUAAAAAAAAUGGCGAAAGAAGGGAAUAACGAAGGUUGUAAAAUACUUGCUAAGCAAUUAGUACAAUUGCGUAAGCAGAAAACUCGAAUGUAUGCAGCUAACAGUAAGAUAUCCAGUGUACAAAUUCACAAUAAAGCUAUGGGUGCAAACAUAGCGAUUGCAGGUGCAAUGGGUACAACAGCCAAAACUAUGGGUAACAUUAACAAAAUAUUGAACCCUGCACAAAUAUCCAAAGACAUGGAAGCAUUCAAAGUGGCCAGCGCCAAAAUGGAUAUGACCGACGAAAUGAUUUCAGAAACUCUAGACGACAUAAUGACCGAGUCUGGGGAGGAAGAGGAAACUGAAGGUGUUGUCAACCAAGUUCUUGAUGAAAUUGGUAUUGAAAUUAGUGGAAAGAUGGCCAAUGCACCUUCAGUUUCUCGAAACAAAGUUGGCGAAUCCACUUCUGAUAUUGACAAAGAACUCAUGGCGCAGUUAACAAAACUCAAACCAAUGAUGAGGUACUAA